AUGAAUGAACCAUGGCUUAGAGGGACUAGAGAAGGUUGUUUGAUGGGUCCUCAAACUCAAGGUGUGUAUACUUUAACUAUUAAUGAUCUAUUGCUACCUAAUGUCAAACAAUGGAAUAUGGGAGUUUUACGUGAUUUGUUUGAUUACUCAGUGGUUCGUGAUAUUCUACAAGUUCCGUUGUCAGAAGAAGUGGUUGAAGACCGUAUGAUCUGGAAGGAUGAUGUAAGUGGUAAUUAUAGUGUCCGAUCGGGAUAUAGAAGUUGGAGAAAGCAUCACGAAAGUGUGGGCUUGGUUGAGGAAGGAGUAAACUGGAGUGAUCUCUGGAAUAUAAUAGCUCCGUCUCGAGUGAAACAUAUUCUUUGGAGGAUUUGUAGUGGUUGUCUCCCAUCUAAGGAUAUCCGGUCCCUUGUAUUCGAUAUUUGCAUGAAGGAGGAUAGGCUUACCGCAGGAAGAGUGGCGGUUUUGUUGGAAGGGCUAUGGAAGAAUAGGAAUGACUUCGUGUGGCAUAAUGAAAAGGAAUAUGCUUCCAAACUUGGUUGGUUAGCAUUCCAUAAGUGGCAAGAUUGGUUUAUGGCCCAAAAUAUUCUGGCGCCGCAGUUAGAUAAUGGAGAAGUGGUUUCAUGGUACCCGCCUCCUAUUGGUAGCUUCAAAUGUAAUGUGGAUGCCACUUUCAAUAAGCGUGUAGGGACAACGAAUUGA